AUGUCCGGACACACUCGAGCGAAGACGGUUGUUACGGCCGUGAUACCAUUCACGCCUGGAUUCUCUCCUUCAGAUAUCUCGCGGCUAGAGAAGACUUUGAAGGAAACCAGACCGCCCCGCGAGGAUGUUGUUCCAGGAGCUGGCAACGAUUAUGGCAUGCCGACAGAAUGGGCACAGAGCCUCUUCAGCUACUGGACCAACAAGUACUCUCUAGAAAACGCCAUGAGCCGCAUACAGCAGUGGCCGCACUUCAUGACGCACAUUGAGGAAAUGUCAAUCCACUUCGUACAUCAGAAGUCGAAACACCAGAAUGCCAUUCCAUUGCUUUGUUGUCAUGGUUGGCCGGGAUCGUUCUACGAAUUUAGCGAAGUGAUCACGCCGCUGGCGGAGGGGGAUGGAAGCGGGAAGGGACCUGUGUUCGAUGUGGUAGUCCCGAGUCUGCCUGGGUUCUGUUGGAGCUCGGCGCCGCAGCGACGAGGUUGGACGAUGAAGGACACGGCCCGGAUCUUCCACAAGCUGAUGACUCGUCUGGGACACGAUAAGUACUGCGUGCAGGCCGGAGAUUGGGGACAAUUCAUCGCGAGAGAGCUCGGUGCCAAGUAUGCCGACUCGUGCAAAGUCAUCCAUCUGAAUUACUGUCCUGGAGCGUUGCCAGAAGGGGUUGAGCUCACCGAGCGAGAACGCAAGUGCGCAGCCAAAGGCCAAGAUUGGCGUACUGCUCACGUUGGCUACGCAGUGUUAAUGCGCACGCGGCCUCAGACUCUUGGUUGGAUGCUGAUCGACAAUCCGCUUGGCCUGAUGUCGUUCGUGGGCGAGAAGUUUGAAGAGGCCGCAUCACCUUCUGUCUCCUCCACCGCGCCCUGGAUGGAUCACGUCUUGACGACAGUCUGUCUUUACUACUUUACCCGAUGCAUCAUGACAAGCUGCCUGCCGUACUAUGAGAAUAUUCGCCACGACCAGUUCGCGGAGUUUGCCAUACGGAACGAAAAUAGGAUCAAGUGCCCUUUUGGGUACACUUCGAUGUGGUAUGACACUGCACCCAAUAGUAAGCGGGCUGUAGAGCGAACCGGUAAGUGACUUACCUGGCCAGAUGGUUGACAAAGCUGAUUUGUGCCAAAGGAAACCUAGUCUGGUAUAGGGAGAGAGACUAUGCGGGGCACUUUGCGUGCUUGGAAGAUCCGAAGGGGAUGUGCGAAGACAUCCGAGAGGUCGUGGAGAAGCAUUUCCGUUGA